CUCUGGUGAGCAGAAAAAAUGUCCACCCGGUACCACCAAGCUGCUAGUGAUAGCUACCUGGAGCUUCUGAAAGAGGCUACCACUCGAGACCUGAAUCUUUCCGACGAAGAUGGCAUGACACCCACUCUGCUAGCAGCCUACCAUGGCAACCUGCAAGCCCUGGAAAUAAUCUGCAGCCGGGGCGGGGACCCCAGUAGAUGUGACAUCUGGGGAAACACUCCUCUGCACUACGCUGCCUCCAACGGCCAUGCACACUGUGUCUCAUUUCUGAUCAGCUUCGGUGCCAACAUCUUUGCCCUGGACAAUGACUUAAAGUCUCCCUUGGAUGCCGCUGCCAGCAGGGAGCAGAGUGAAUGUGUUGCCCUCUUGGAUAAGGCUGCCACUACCCAGAAUGUGGUAAACCCCAAGAAGGUAGCUAGGCUGAAGGAGCAGGCUCAGAAGAAUGCCAGGAGGCAAAUCAAAGAAUGCGAAAGGCUCCAGGAGAGGCAUCAGAAUAAGAUGGCCCGAGCCUACAGCAGGGAGGAGGCUGGGCCUCUUCCUUCCCUGAAGGGCACCUUCUCCAGGUCAUCCUUCUCCAGUGCUUCUGCCUCCAGUACAUUUGGGUCGCUCUCUAAGGGCAUUAAAGAUACCUUCAAGUUGAAGUUCAAGAAGAACAAAGAUACAGCAGAGCAGAUGGGGAAAGAAGGCAGAAGUGGGCAGAGGAAUGUGAUGGAAGUGUUUAGAGAGGAGGAAGAGGAGUCGUCAUCAGGAGACUUCAAAGAGAAGCUCACAUUUUCAGUGGAGGAAGAAGGCGAUACACAACAUGAAUCUAUCCUCAACCGUCCAGGCCUAGGAAAUAUGGUUUUUAGAAGGAACAGAGUGUUGAGCUCUGAAGAGCUCCCAGAUAGCAAGGGAGAGUUAGUAUUUAAAGUGCCCAGUGAAUUUCUCCAGAGACAGGAAACAGCAGAGGCUGAGGAAGUGGAGGCUGAAGAAGGAGAGGAAAAUGGCCUUGUGGGUGAACUGCCUUGGGAUGAGGAGGAAGCAGAGUGGGAGGAAGAUGCGGUUGACGCAACUCCCCUGGAAGUGUUCUUGCAGUCCCUGCACCUGGAAGAAUUCCUUCCCAUUUUUACAAGAGAGAAGAUUGACCUGGAAGCUCUCUUGCUUUGCUCUGAUGAGGACCUUCAGAACAUCCAGAUGCAGUUGGGUCCCAGGAAAAAAGUUCUUAAUGCCAUAAGCAGAAGGAAGCAGGUGCUGCAGCAGCCUGGGCAGCUGGUGGACACCAGCCUCUGAGGGACAUUUCUGGGUCCUGGAUGUGCCUACAGGGCAGGAGAUACUGUGGCCAAGGGAAAGCACUCCAGUCCAUGCUCCAUACCCACCCAAUGCCAGGCCACUGAGAGCCCAUUCUAAGGUUUUGGAGAUGCCCAUGUAGGAAAGAGGCCCAGAAUGUACUCUUGGAAGUACCGAGGCCUAUCCAAAUUAACCACCAGUGAGAAACUCAAGGGUACCCUGGAAUAAGAACAUGGCGUGUUUUUUCAGUUAUCAUUUUGGUAUUUUUGAAUAAAGAAAGGGUCAAAUGUAUGAUAGAAAUGGAAAAGAAAUUUUCUUAGCUUUUCUAACUUCCAAAUGUAAAAUGAUAAUUUCUCAGCACACUACCCUACUUUUUGGUUCACAUAGCCUGAGGAUUCUAAGUCUGGUUCUGUCCUUAGCUCCAUAAUUUUGCUUGUCAUUGGACAUCAGAGUUCUUCAUUGGCCUGAGGCUUGAUGACCAACUCAUGUGCGCCUCGCACUUAAACAGAUGCUUAUGUGUUUACAAGGGGGAGUGAAGAAAGGAAGAGUAGUGUACCUUUGGUUGACUGAAUUGUGAAAUCCUUAAAACGCAUGUUGUGGCUCUAACAUCCAAUCUGUUUCUGGAGAUUGGGUCAUGAAAGGUUAGAUGGUGCCGUAAGGCUGGCACCUCCCAUAUGACUGAUGUCUUCGUAAGAAAAGGAUAGUAACAAAAGGUGCGAUCGUACACAGAGAAAGGAUCGUACAAGGACACGGCAAGAGUGCUGUUGGUAAACCAAGGAGAGAGAUCUCAGGAGAAACCAAGCCUGCCAACGGCUUGAUCUGGAAGUUUCAGCUGCCAGAGUUGUGAAUAAUGAAUUCCUGCUGUGAGUCCCUCCAUCUGUGAGGCUUCGUUGUGGCAGUCUGAGCUACUACAAUGCAUAAGCAGGAGGGUGGAGAGGAGGGAAGAAGGAUGCAGAAAAAAAAAGCAGGACCUAGUUGAUGACCUUUCUAAGUGUCUCCUGGAACCUUACGAGAAAAAAUUAAUUGUAGGGAGAUUGCUUGUAGAACUAAAUUCUACAUGGCCACAUGCAUGCGCUGCUUGUUUGCUGUUGUCUGUUUCCACUACUACAUUUGCUAACAUGUGCACGUUCCAUGAUGUAAAGGGGCAAAAUUGAUUUUAUAAGUUUUUAAAAGGUAACCCCAAAUCCAGAUAGAAGCACUUUUUUUUAAAAAAUGCUUUAUUUAUUUGGUAUGGGGUCUUGUUAUACACCUCAGACUCA